CGUGGGGACGUCCGAGCCACUCCCUUUGAGCUCCCGGGUCCCGCGGCCGCCGCGUGAGUCUGCUGCACUCCAUGAGGAAGAUGCUCGCCGCUGUGUCCCGCGUGUUGGCCGGCGCUGCGCAGAAGCCGGUAAGCAGAGUGCUGGGGGCUUCCCGGAAUUUUGCAAAUGAUGCUACCUUUGAGAUUAAGAAGUGUGACCUUCAUCGGCUAGAAGAGGGCCCUCCAGUCACCGCAGUGCUCACCAGGGAGGAUGGGCUCAAGUACUACAGGAUGAUGCAGACUGUGCGCCGGAUGGAGCUAAAGGCGGAUCAGCUGUACAAGCAGAAAAUUAUUCGUGGUUUCUGUCACUUGUGCGAUGGUCAGGAAGCUUGCUGUGUGGGCCUGGAGGCUGGCAUAAACCCCACAGACCAUCUCAUCACUGCCUAUCGAGCGCAUGGCUUCACCUUUACUCGGGGCCUGCCUGUCCGAGCAAUUCUUGCGGAGCUAACGGGACGAAGAGGAGGCUGUGCUAAAGGGAAAGGCGGAUCGAUGCACAUGUACGCCAAGAACUUCUAUGGGGGCAACGGCAUCGUUGGAGCUCAGGUGCCCCUGGGAGCAGGAAUUGCCCUGGCCUGCAAGUACAAUGGAAAAGAUGAGGUCUGUUUGACAUUAUAUGGCGAUGGUGCUGCUAAUCAGGGUCAGAUAUUUGAAGCUUACAAUAUGGCAGCAUUGUGGAAAUUACCCUGUAUUUUCGUCUGUGAGAAUAACCGCUAUGGCAUGGGGACAUCGGUUGAGAGAGCAGCCGCCAGCACGGACUACUACAAAAGAGGAGACUUUAUUCCUGGACUGAGGGUAGAUGGAAUGGAUAUCUUGUGUGUCCGAGAGGCGACGAAGUUUGCAGCUGCCUAUUGCCGGUCUGGUAAGGGGCCCAUCCUGAUGGAGCUACAGACUUACCGCUACCACGGCCAUAGCAUGAGCGACCCUGGCGUCAGUUACCGCACUCGAGAAGAAAUCCAGGAAGUAAGAAGUAAGAGCGACCCUAUUAUGCUUCUCAAGGAUAGAAUGGUGAACAGCAACCUUGCGAGCGUUGAAGAGCUAAAGGAGAUCGAUGUAGAAGUGAGGAAAGAGAUCGAGGAUGCUGCCCAGUUUGCCACGGCUGAUCCAGAGCCGCCGCUGGAGGAACUAGGCUAUCACAUCUACAGCAGUGAGCCUCCCUUCGAAGUGCGUGGGGCCAACCAGUGGAUCAAGUUUAAGUCCGUCAGCUAAUGGGAGACUGUUAGAUGGAUUGUUCCUCUUCCACUGGAAGGAACUCUUUGUGCUCUCAACUCUGACCGGAAAUAACCAGAUAACAAAAGUCUUGAAAACAUGUAAAUUAAGGGAAAGUAAAAUUGCUUGCAGUUUGUAAAAAAAAAAACAAAAGGAAGACAGAAAGAAAUUACAAGUUUGUAUCUUGUAGCAUAGGAGAUGCUCAGCAGCUCCUGAUGGAGCCGUUGCUUCCUUUGGAAUGAUAGCAGUUAUUGGUGUGAUGGGUUUUUUCUGUUGUCUUUGUUAUUUUGUUUUUGAGACAGGGUCUCACUGUGUAACCCUGGCUCUCCCAAAACUUGCUAUGUAGAUGAGGCCAGCUUUGAAUUAACAGAUGCGCUUUUUCUGUCUCUUAAAGGAUGAGAAUAAAGGCACGUGCCGCCA